ACAUGAGGCUCUGCUCCUGCGCUGGACCUCCGUGUCUCCUGCUCGCCCUGCUGCUGCUCCUGGCUCUUCAUGGCAAAGCCAACCAGGAGACCCCCCAGGAGAGGCACUACUACAUAGCCGCUGUCCAGAUCGACUGGCACUACUCCGGAAACGGAUCAGAGGGUCCCACCUACAGGAAAGUGGUCUUUAGGGAAUAUGAGAAAAACUUCACGCAGCCUAAGCCUCAUCCAUCCUGGCUAGGUCUGCAGGGGCCCGUCUUGAGGGGCCAGCAGGGCGACACCAUCCUGGUCACCUUCAAGAACAUGGCGGACAGACCGUACAGCGUCCACGCACACGGGAUCGCUUAUGGGAAACAGUCGGAGGGAGCGCAGUACUUUGACAACACAUCGCUGAAGGAGAAGGAGGACGACGUGGUUCGGCCUAACGACGAACACACGUAUCACUGGGAGGUGACGUCAGAUAUCGCCCCCGAGAGACACGACCCCGCCUGCCUCACCUACACAUACGUAUCCCACCUCCACGUGGUGCAGGACUACAACGCGGGGCUCAUCGGCACGCUGCUCAUCUGCAAGCCCGGCAGUCUGGACGAAACAGGGGAGCAGGUCCAGGACUAUCAGGAGUAUGCCCUCCUGUUUGGGGUGUUUGAUGAGAACAAGAGCUGGUACAAACCCACAGGCUAUUCAGCAGACAACCACGUCAAACAUACCAUCAACGGAUACACCAGAGGAUCGUUACCCGGUGUCAGCUUGUGUGCCCACACCGCCGUCAGCCUCCAUCUAGCAGGGAUGAGCUCGGAGCCGGAGGUUUUCUCGGUUCACAUGAAUGGGCAGGUGUUGCUGCAGACCGGCCAUAAAGUGUCCUCCGUCGGGCUGAUCAGCGGCACCACAGCCACGGCCAGCGUGACAGCCAUUCACCCGGGUCGCUGGCUGCUCUCCUCGCAGGUCGGCGGGCACCUGCAAGCUGGCAUGUACGGUUUUGUGGAUGUAAAGAAGUGUGAAGGCUGUGAUGCACCCAAGCGUAGGCUGACCAUGCAGCAGAAACACGAAUGCAAGGAAUGGACCUACUACAUUGCUGCUGAGGAGAUCAUCUGGAACUAUGCACCCCUCAUGCCGCCGUUCAUUGACAAGGACUACAAGUUACAAUACCUGACUCAGGGCCCAACCCGUAUCGGUGGGCAGUAUAAGAAGGUGGUGUACACACAGUACACCAACGAGACGUUCACGAAGAGGAAGGAGGAGAAGCAGAGGAAAGCAGAGGUCGGCAUCUUAGGUCCAGUGAUUCGAGCUCAGAUCAGAGAUGUUGUGAAGGUGGUCUUUAAGAACAUGGCCUCCAGGCCGUACAGCAUCUAUCCACAUGGACUGACAAUAGAGAAGUCAGAGGAGGGAUUCAAUUACCCGGCAGGAGGAAACCACACUCACGCUGUGCAGCCGGGCCAGACACACACCUACACAUGGAAAGUGAACGAAGUGGACGAGCCUAUGGACGGAGAUUCUCGGUGUCUGACACGUCUGUACCACAGCGCGGUGGACACGACCCGCGACAUCGCCUCAGGACUGGUUGGACCGCUCCUCAUCUGCAAAACCCAGUCCCUCAGCGUCAGGAAUGUGCAGAUGAGAGCAGACAAGGAGCAGCACGCGGUGUUUACAGUGUUCGAUGAGAACAAGAGCUGGUACUUGGACCAGAAUAUUCGUUCUUACUGUGAUCGAGCCAAAGUCAACAAGGCAGACCCACACUUUUAUAAGUCCAAUGUUAUGCACACAAUUAAUGGUUACGCAUUUGAGAGUGGUCCGACCCUUGGCUUCUGCAAUGGUGAGAUUGCAACAUGGCAUGUAUCGAGCAUAGGAGCACUGGACAACAUCCAGACGGUCACCUUCUACGGCCAUGCUUUUGAAGUAAAUGACCGCACUGAAGACUUUCUCAGCCUCUACCCUAUGACUGGAGAGACCAUCUUCAUGGACAUGGACAACAUUGGCGUGUGGCUUUUGGCCUCGCUGAAUACCCAUGAGACCACCAAAGGGAUGCGGGUGAAGUUCCGGGAUGUUGAGUGUUUCCGCGACUUUCUGUACGAGUACUCCGACUACGAGAAUUAUGAGUUAAAAACGGACCUUUCCUUAUGGACUCCUCCAAGCAUUGAUGAGCUCAAGAAGAAGGAGCAGGAGAAGAAGAAGGAAAAGCUAGUCACAGAUAAUACAGUGGAAUUAGAUUAUUACACAGGUAUGCUUGCAGACGAACUCGGCUUCAGGUCUUUUAGGAAUUCAGCCGGAGGCUCGGACAUGGAGGAAUUGGACCUCUCUUUCCUCGAUUACGAUGCUGUGCCUGAAGGAGUCGUAAACACCACCUCUGAUGUUAAGAGAAAAAUGGGAAAUAACACCAUCGUUAUGUCGAAAAAUAUAACCAACAAUUCACAGUAUAACACGACUACUGAGUUUGGAGGGUUUGGCUUCAUCAGCAAUGAAACCAGCUUUGAGUUAGAGGUAGAAAGUGGAAGGAACACAACCACUGGGGAUGAUUCCAUGAGCACCACAACUGUUAAAAAUCACACAUUUUCCAAUGAAUUUGUUUCAGGUAAUCUGUCGUCCUACAGUGGUAAUUCUCAAGACAACAGCUCAGCAGAGCUUAUAUCCCCAGACAGCGUUGAGGAGGUGAUCAUCUACCUAAAGGAUAACAAGACCGAGGUGAUCAAAACCACCUCCCUCAACUCAGAGCAGCACAACUGGACUUACAAGGGAAGACACCAAUCGGUCCCCAUGGAAAUGUCUGACCACAUGAUCAAAUACAUCGGAGAUGAUUCAACCCCUCGGUCAACCCCAAUCCCAACAAAGAAACCCAUCAUCAAAAAGGUGAACCGCCGAAUGCAGCCUAAGAAAGGCAAGUGUCUGAAAACCAAGAAGAGGAAGCAGUAUAAGCCUCAGGUUAAGCGCGGCCAUCCCAUUUCUCCUGAAGUAUCCGAUCCGGGCAUCUCUCCUCGUGGAGCGAGACCGGCCUCCUUUGCACUGCAACCUAUCUCCAAUGAGGAGGACCUGAUCAACAUGCCUGUGGUCAUUGGUGUGCCACGGCCUGAUUUCAGUGACUAUGAGCUGUAUGUUCCUGAAGACACCCUGCAACUAAGAGGCCUGGAUCCAGAUGUUGCCCAGGAUGAGUAUGAGUAUAUUAGCUACAAUGAUCCCUACAGCAACACAGACGACAUCAAGACCUUCACCCUGGAUGAGACCACAAAAUAUUACCUAAAACUGGCAGGAGACAAUUACAGGAUAUACUUCAUAUCUGCAGAGGAGGUGACGUGGGACUACGCUGGGUAUGGACAGAGAAGACAGGAAAAGGUGCAAACCAUCAGAGAAACAAAGUUCACCAAGGUGGUUUUCCGGGGGUACCUGGACAGCACCUUCAGCACCCCCGAGAUCCGUGGAGAGAUUGAGGAACACCUGGGAAUCCUGGGGCCAGUCAUCAAGGCAGAGGUUGGGGAGAGCAUCAUGAUAGUGUUCAGAAACAACGCAAACCGCCCAUACUCCCUCCACCCCAAGGGGGUGUCCUACAGCAAGCAAGCUGAGGGGCUUUCCUAUGAGGAUGACUCCAACUACUGGCAUAAAUAUGACAAUGAUGUUCAACCCAACACCACCUUCACAUACCUGUGGAAAGUCCAGGAGAGGGUAGGGCCGACGGAUGACGAGUCUUACUGUCGGACAUGGGCCUACUACUCCGGCGUGAAUCCCGAGCGAGACAUCCAUUCAGGACUGAUUGGCCCUUUGCUAGUGUGUCGGAAUGGGACUCUGGAAAGGAACUUGGUGGACAUGAGGGAGUUCAUGCUGCUCUUCAUGAUAUUUGAUGAAUCCAAGAGCUGGUAUUACGAGAAGAACCGGGAGACCAUACAGAGAAGGAAUGGACGGAAUGGACGGCGAGGGAUAAUGGACCCGAACUUCAGAGAGAAUCUCAAGUUCCAUUCCAUCAACGGCAUCGUGUACAGCCUGAAGGGCCUGAGGAUGUACACCAACCAGCUGGUUCGGUGGCACCUGAUCAACAUGGGCUCCAACAGAGGCCUGCACAGCGUCUACUUCCACGGACAGACCUUCCUCCACAAACACACCCACAGCUACCGCCAGGCCAUCUACCCGCUGCUGCCCGGUGGUUCUGCGACUCUUGAAAUGUGGCCGUCCAAACCGGGUCUGUGGCAGAUGGCGACAAAUGUGGGCUUUGACCAGCAGAGGGGGAUGCAGACUCUCUUCCUGGUUCUGGAUAAUAAUUGUUACCACCCUCUGGGACUGGAAACGGGGAGUGUGAAGGACAGACAGAUCACAGCAAACAACACCAGAGGAUACUGGGAACCUCAUUUUGCCAGACUGAACAACCAGGGAAAAUACAACGCCUGGAGCACAGACCAGCAGGACAGCUGGAUUCAGGUGGAUUUCCUGCGGCCGGUUGUCAUCAGUCAGAUCGCCACUCAAGGAGCCAAGCAGAUGUUCCACUCCCAGUUUGUGCAGGAGUACAUCAUCUCCUACAGCAUCGAUCGCAGGGGGUGGACCUUCUAUAAAGGGGACAGCAAGGACUUCAGGAAGACAUUUACUGGGAACGAGGAAGCCUAUGAGACAAAGCUGAACACCUUCUUCCCUCCUCUCAUUGGACGGUUUAUUAGACUCCACCCCCGCAGGUGGUACAACACGGCCACGGUCCGAAUGGAGUUCUAUGGCUGUGAACUCGAUGGUUGUUCGGUACCUCUGGGUUUGGAGAGCAGACUGAUAGAAGACCACCGUAUCACCGCCAGCUCUACAUACCAGAGCUGGUACUUUGGAACAUGGAGGCCCUCGCUGGCACGCCUCGACACACAGGGCGCAGUCAACGCAUGGCAGGCCAAGUACAAUGACUUGAACCAGUGGCUGCAGGUGGAGCUCCCCCAGGUGAGGAAGAUCACGGGCAUCAUCACACAGGGAGCAAAGAUUCUGGGUAAAGAGAUGUACGUCAUCACCUACUUGCUGCAGUACAGCGUCGAUGGAGUCCACUGGACCACCUACACUGACGACAAGGACUACAUGUCAAAGACGUUCACAGGGAACACCGAUAAUAACGAUCAUGUGAGGAACUACAUCUACCCUCCCAUCUUCUCCCGUUUCAUCCGGAUUGUGCCCCAAACCUGGAGGAACGCCAUCACACUGAGGGUGGAGCUGCUCGGCUGUGACGCGGAGUGACACUCCCACACACAUCCACUCGUUUGAAUAACAAACACAUGAAUAUGGAGAAACGCACACACACACACACACACACACACACACACACACACAUUUACACAUGCAGUUGCACACGUGUGCGAGCGCCAGUCACCGUCGUUAUAGAGGGCUAUUCAAUCUAAAGUCAACAUUUCAUAACACACUGACCAUCUGAAAUGGUCUCUUAGCACAGCAAGUCCUCCAGCCCAUACGACCACAUAGGUCGUUUGUCCUCUAACGCGACCCGCAGGAGCGUUUCCUAAAUUAGCGCCCCCUACCGGCGGCAGGAGGUAUGCCACAGAUACGUUUCGCCUCAGUGCAUUGUGGGUUUUAAAAACAGUGAGAACAAUAGAAUAUGUAGUCAGUGCGUUUUUGUGUUGUUUCUCCGUCUAGUGUAGUAACUAAGAUGAUAUUGGCAGUAUGUUUACAUAUGAAUGACGUUGUAAGAGCUAACUUAACGUUAGCCACAAGUUAGCAAGUCAGCUAGCGUGGACAUUAUAACCGCUAUGUGACGUUACACUUUGCUUUUAUUAAUAGUCCUUCUUUCAGAAAGAGUCGGUCAGUCACAAGUAAUGACUCCUCAGCAACCGCACGUCAUUCUUUUAUACGAGUGAGCCCGUGUCUGGGUAGGUCUGGACUUCUAGAAGUCCUAGGGGGAUUUUUUUUGUCCCGCCCACUUUAACAGCAAAAUAUGAUUGGCUGAUUCGCCUGUCACUUUCUAAAUAAACACACAAGCACAAGGACUUCUAGCAGUCUUAACCAAUGAGGGAGCCAGCAGCCAGCUAACCCUUCCUCUGCCAAGGGACAACAGCAACACAAUCUGAUUGGAUAACUCGUGGUUUCGUGAUUUUCAUGGUUUCAGGACAGUAACCCUUUCCUUACUGAAGCAAACUUGAUAGAACCCAGGGCUAAAAUUCGAGUUAGAAGAGAGAAUUAUUGUUAAAUUAAAGAUUUUAAAUAUAGCAUUUAGAAUGCUGAUAUGUUGGGCCUUCUCUGAAGUCCUGGAAGUCUCUAGGGGUUCCCCUCUGGUUGUCACCAUAGCUUAUGGAAGGAGAUCACUCAUUGUUACAGGGGAAGUAACGUAUUAUAAUUACCAAGGACCUCGAGGAAGUAGCUUAAAACGUGUAACUGUAUGUCGUAAUAAGCUGCUUGUACAAACGACCUAUGGGGUGGUUUUUGGGUGGAGGACAGUGUCUCUUAGCAUGUCACGUGCUUAACUCAGUAUCCAGCUCCUCCAGUAGAGCGGCUUGCAUGCAGUUCCUGUAUGGCGUCAUGAUGACGGCACCGAGAAAUGAACUUGGCAAAGCCAGCAGGAACCUCCCACCUGCCAGGAGAACAUCAAUUAACACGAGAUUCAUUCCAGACUAAAUAUUCACCCUUCAAGGAAUGGAGGGAGAGAGCCGAGACGAGACAGAAGAGAGGCUCUGACGAGACGACUGCUGGGCUAAAGGCAGAGUUUCUCCCUGGUUUGUGUUCAAAUUCAGAGUAAAACGACAAAUAAUCCUUCUAGUUUUGGUAAUUGACGCGUGAAGAUCAGAGGAAACACAUUUUAAAGCAACACCCCUUUUAUUUCCUGUCUGUCUUGUUUAUAUCGUAAAUGUGAAUCGCCGUGAAUGAAUGUAAAUACGCAAGUGGAAGAGCGAGAAUUUUUCAUUUUAAAUUUUACACUUAUUUGUCAAUAAAUCUUAUUCUUCUUACCCA